CUAUGGGUUACAGAUGACUCGCCGGUCACAUGACUGCACAGUCUGAUCAUACAGGAACUCAGCGUCCUAUCCUCACUGUAUGUAUUCUGCCACAAACAAGGUGCAUCCUUCUUCCAGCAGCUCGCUCCGAAAGGAACCCCGGGGCCCCCAGCAGCAGCCAUGGCCUGGACGUCGUACCAGCUUAUCCUGGCCGCAAUGAUGCUCGUGACGGGCUCCAUUAACACUCUGUCUGCCAAGUGGGCGGACACAUUCAGUGCUGGAGGAUGCAAAGAUGACCCCGUUCAUCAGUUCCAGCAUCCGUUCCUUCAGGCGGUGGGAAUGUUCCUGGGGGAGCUCUCUUGCUUGGCCGUCUUCUACAUCUUGGUGUUCCGGGACAAGCGGUCUCCCCAGCCCAACAUGGAUGCUUCUCAGCCCUUCAACUCUCUCAUCUUCCUCCUACCGGCCAUCUGUGACAUGGCCGGCACCUGCAUCAUGUAUGUGGCCUUAAACAUGACCAGCGCAUCCAGCUUCCAGAUGCUGCGAGGAGCCGUCAUCAUCUUCACGGGUCUUCUGUCUGUGGCGUUCCUGGGGAGGAAGUUGGAGUGCAGCCAAUGGGUCGGGAUCCUGGUCACCAUCGGCGGACUGGUCAUCGUAGGCUUGGCAGACUUACUAAGCGGCCACCACACCGGGAAGAACCUCAAUGAUGUCAUUACAGGUGAUCUGCUCAUUAUCAUGGCUCAGAUCGUUGCGUCUAUCCAGAUGGUGCUGGAGGAGAAGUAUGUCUACAAACAUAACGUGCACCCCCUCCGAGCUGUGGGAACGGAGGGUCUGUUUGGAUUUAUCAUCCUGACCAUCCUGCUGAUCCCCUUCUACUACAUUCCCGCCGAAGGCUUCAGUAACAGCGCACGUGGCGUCCUAGAGGACUCGCUGGAUGCUUUCUGCCAGAUAGGCCGCCAGCCUCUCAUCAUCUUGGCCUUGCUGGGUAACAUCAUCAGCAUCGCCUUUUUCAACUUCGCCGGCAUCAGCGUGACCAAGGAGAUCAGUGCCACCACCCGCAUGGUGCUGGACAGCCUGAGGACCGUGGUCAUCUGGGUCGUCAGUUUGGCCGUGGGCUGGGAGCAGUUCCACCCGCUGCAGAUCCUGGGCUUCGUCAUCCUCUUGUUGGGAACUUGCCUUUACAAUGGACUCCACAGGCGGUUCAUGUGCGCUCGGUGCAAGGAGCAGAGCGAGGAGACACAAGGCCUCCUGGACGGAGAACGGACAGUAAUCAACGGUGACUCUUAACGUCACAGCUCAACGGUUGACCUGAA